UUUUACAAACUAUAGAUAGUCAAUAUGGCGAUGCAUCAUCGAUUUCACCGCUAGACUCCACGCUUACCGAAAUUGAUAUUAUUAUCAAGUUGAUUAUUUCUAAUGAAAUUUUUUGUUUUAUUUAUUACAUGACGGUUUUUGAAUGUAAUUAAAAGUUUUUUGUGGAAUUAGUUAAUACAUUAAUAACAAAAUAAAAUGGCUGAUUCUGAUGAUGAGUAUGAUCGAAAACGCAGAGAUAAGUUCAGGGGUGAGAGACCUGAAUCGUAUUCAAGAGAAGGACGACGAGAUGAUAGAAGACGUGAAGAAUGGGUUGAAAGGGAGUGGUCAAGUAGAUCAAGAGCUCGACCAGAUUACAGAGAAUAUCGUGGAGGUGGUGGUGGUGGCGGUGGUAGCAACCGGGAACGUUAUAGCCCAGUUCGGUCGCAAGACUUGGGACCUCCAAUGAAAAGAAUGCGGGCUGAUUGGGAUGAUAGGUCAUCUCGGAGUUAUCCGCAUCCAGAAUACUAUAACUCGUGGCCUCCUGACCAUUACCUUCCUCAUCAUAGUAAUCAUCACUAUGGAAGUCAUCCCAAUGCUAAUAGUAAUAGCAGCAAUAGCCGAGAGGUAGCUGGAAACUUUAGCAAUUCAAAUAUUGAAACACAACCUCCGAUGAUGUCAUUCAAAGCAUUCCUAGGUGCCCAGGAAGAUACUAUUACUGAUGAAGAAGCGAUCAAGCGUUAUAACGAGUAUAAACUUGAAUUUCGACGUCAACAGUUGAAUGAAUUUUUUGUAGCACACAAAGACGAAGAAUGGUUUAAAAUAAAAUAUCAUCCGGAAGAAUCAGUUAAAAGACGAGACGAGCAAAUUGCAGCAUUAAAGAAACGGGUAGAAGUUUUUCUUGAACUACUAAACUCAGGAGAUAUUGACAAAGUAUCAAUAGAUGUUGAUCAAGCAAAUCCUCUCCUUCAUUUGUUAGACACAGUAGUAAUCAAAUUAGAAGGAGGCACUGAAGAAGACUUGAAAGUUCUUGACGCAGCACCUCCUUCAACACCACGAGAACCAGUACAGACAAAAGAGAAAGAAAAAAGUAAAGACGCUGAAAAAGAUAAAGACAAGGAUAAAGAUAAAAAUAACGACAUUUCUGAUGAUAAGAAAGAAGAGAUUAAAGUGUCAGAGGAAGGAACAGUGGUUGAAAAUAACAAAGAAAAUGAAGAAAAAGGCAAUGAGAAAUUAACGGAAAAGGAAAAGAAGAAAAAUAAGAAAAAAAAGAAAAAAGAAAUCACGGAUGAAAAUCAUGAAGAUUCCUCUGCUAAAGUAUCUGAUAAAGAACGUAUGGAAGAGGAUGAAGAUGUUAAUGAUGAAAAUAAAAUGAAGACAAAUGAUGCUAAUUCUGAGGAAACAGUAGAAGAGCCGGAAGAACAAAAAGAGGAAUCAAAUGUCGAAGGCCAACGAGAAUUUUCGGAAGGAGAAAAUGCUUCCGAAGCUGUGGUUGUGAAUUCAAAGAAACGGAAACGUUCUCACAGUAGUUCUAGCAGCUCUAGUGACAGUGAUGAUGUUGCUCAUAAUAAUAACAAUAACAACAGCAGCAGCAGUAGUAGUAGCAGCAGUAGCAGUAGUAGCAAUUCAGAAACAUUUGAUGCUGGAAAAAUGGAAACUCUAGAGGCAGAGAAACCAGUUGUGGAAACUGAGAAUGAAAAGAUAGAGGAAGAUGAAGAAGAAACGAAAGGAGAGGUUAAAGAGAAGGAUGAGGAAGAAAAGAAAGAAAAGAGUGAGGAACAAGAAGACAGUAAAGUAAAAAAAUCAAUUGAACCUGAAGCAGUCAUUGAUUUAGCUAGCGAAGAAAAAGAAAAAGAUCCUCCUCCACGAGCUCUUCAUAAAACAAGUAGUAUUUUCCUUCGAAAUUUAGCACCAACCAUCACAAAAGCAGAGGUAGAAGCCAUGUGCAAAAGGUUCCCCGGAUUUCUCCGAGUUGCUAUUGCUGAUCCUCAACCAGAGCGUCGUUGGUUUAGACGUGGAUGGGUAUCGUUUGAACGUCAGGUUAAUAUCAAAGAAAUCUGUUGGAAUCUUAAUAAUAUUCGGCUUCGUGAUUGUGAACUUGGAGCUAUCGUCAAUCGAGAUUUGCUUCGAAGAAUCAGAACUGUAAAUGGAAUUACAGCACACAAGCAAGUCGUCAGAGCGGAUAUUAAAUUGAGUGCUAAAAUAAUCCAUAAUUUGGAUGCUAAAGUAGGGCUAUGGAAUACAGUUGCAAAGAAAGAUGGUAAUGAAGUAAAUGCAAAUUCAACUGCAGCUCCAAAAGAAUCUGAUGAACAAAAAGCUAAUGAUGAUGAUGCCAUGAAGCAGGUUGAUUUUACAGGACUGUCGUCGAAAAAUCCUAUUUUGACUAAUAUUACUGAUUAUCUUAUCGAAGAAGCCUCGGCUGAAGAAGAAGAGUUGUUGGGUAUGGGAUCAUCUGGAGAUCAACAGGAAGAAGAAGGUCAAUUGCUGGGUGAAGGCGAGGGUCCCAUUGAAAGAGAUCCUACUUUAAUCAAAGUCCUUGACCGACUUAUUCUUUAUUUGCGUAUUGUUCAUUCAGUUGAUUAUUAUAAUCAUUGCGAAUAUCCGAAUGAAGAUGAAAUGCCCAACAGAUGUGGUAUCAUGCACGUUCGUGGACCUACUCCUGUUUUAAAAGUUUCUGCUAAUGAAAUUCAAGAAUACUGUAGAAACUUUGAGGGUAAAAUGGCAUCUUUUCUAGCCCCAAGUGCUGCUGCUAUGCCUAAUGCUGAGUUUGAAAAAUUAGGUGCCAAAAAUUCAGAAGCUGAAGUUGAAAAGUUUGUUCAAGCAAACACUCAAGAAAUUUCAAAGGAUAAAUGGCUAUGUCCUUUGAGUGGUAAGAAAUUUAAAGGUCCAGAUUUUAUUCGCAAACACAUCUUUAAUAAGCAUGCAGAGAAGGUAGCAGAGGUAAAGGCUGAAGCGGAAUAUUUCAAUAAUUAUUUGAAAGAUCCUAAGAGACCAAUGCUACCAGAACAUCCAGGAAAUAAGGCUCCACCUGCACGGGAAAAUCCUCGAGAAAAUUAUCCUCCUCAUGGAAAUAUGCCAGGAAAUGCAUCAAAUUACAGAUUCGGUGGUUUUGGCGGAGGUAACUUUGGAAAUUCCAGAAGUGUUUUCGGCGGUGGCGGUUAUGGAAGUGGAUUCGGAGGAGGAUUUGGAAUGCCUCGACCAACACGAGGUGGAUUUAAUCGAGGCCGCGGCAACAAUGCUGACUUUCGACCUGUUAUUCACUAUCGAGAUCUCGACGCACCAAGAGAACCAGAUGAAUUUUUAUAAAAAUAUUAAUUAUCAAUUGAUAAAAAUACGUAAUCAGGAAUUAAAAAGAAAAUGUUUAUAAAUAUAUCACAAGAACAAAUGAUGCGAUAAUGAUUAAUUUAUUUGUGAAAGAAAAAUAUCAAUUUUUACAUAAUUAUCGAACAGCAUAGUUAAUGAAUUCAACUAAUAUCACUAUCAAUAUUAAUAAAUUAAUUAUAAAUGAUAAAAUAAUGUACAAUUUAUGUUAUUUGUAGAUUUAAGUUACAUAGUGAUUAUUC